UCAGGUUACUCUCUGAUAUAACCUUGAUGUGGUUGUUAUUCCCGAUCGAAACGUCAAAUUAUAUUCAGAAGCACCUGUUAUCUUGUAAUCGUAAAUAAUAUUUUGUAUCUACACAUACUGCAGAGUGUCAUAACUGCUAUUAUUAUUGAAGGGAUAAUAUAUACAAUGCCAAUUAUUUUUUAUCUCCUUUUGCUAUUAAACGCGCAAAAAUAUUUGAAUAUUGUAUGAAAAUAUUGACUAAUUUGUACCGAUGAAAUUACACGACGUUAAAGUAGCAAGAGAACGAUGACAUCGAUUCCGGAAAAUGUGGAAGAAAAAAUACAAGAGGAUCCAAUACGUUGUAUAUUCUUCUCUGAAUUUCAUCAUAUAGCAGGACCUAAAAUUACAUGUCAGGUACCUGAUAAUUUUAUAUCUAAGGAUAUCUUUGACAAUGUCAGUGUUUAUAUCAUACCAAAAGCACAAUUGCAAAGGAGCACUAUUACAGUAACUUUAAAAGACUAUAAAAUCUUGGGUUUUCCUGUGAAGAUUGACGAUAAGAAAUAUGCAAGAAAUGCAUUUUACUUUAACUUGUGUUUUGUUUGUGAUGCAAAAGCUCGUACAGUUCAUUAUGAGCCAGUAGUUAAAAAGAUGUCAGACUUUUUGAUGGCUUUGGAAAUAGAAAACUGUUUCUUAUCUGCCUCAGAUGAUAAGACCAGAUUAGCAGAGAUGCUUGGACAGGUCAUGCAGGAUUUAAAUUUACAUAAGAUGUGCACAUUAACUGAAGGAACAAUGACAUCUCAUUUAAAGGUAGUAAAACUGGCACCUGAGCCGAAACCAGUUCUUGAUCAUCAAGUACCGAUAUUUCUGGAAGGCAGAGAAGCAUUUCACAGUGAUCAAUGGGAUUUAACUACACAACAAGUGUUACCUUAUAUUGAUGGUUUCAAUCAUGUGGCACGUAUAGCAGCUGAAGCUGAUGUAGAGAAUAAUCUAGUCAAAAGUUGUGUGCAAAAUCUUGUAUAUUACGGGGUUGUGACUCUAAUCCCAAUAUUCCAAUACAGUAACGUUUACGCAGCAACUCCGAAGUUGAAGCAGCUCGCGGAAGAUAUUAAGUUACAGGAGAGAUGUAUAACGUAUGCAUCGAAACUGCCCAGACAACCUGCGUAUCUCAGGGAUAUAUAUCGUAUGUAUGCGAGUAUGACUCACGGCAACAGUAUGAGAGACUUGUGCCAGCGUCUGAAUCCGCAAAAUCUACGAAUAAACGAGAGGAGGCUGGUACAGUUUGGCUUGAUCGAAGGAUUGAUCAGGAGAGUGUACAACUAUCCUGUACUUCUGCCUGGAGCAUCUUGCAACGAGGAAACGAAGAAUCAUGCAGUUUACAAGUAUUUCACUGGUGCGUAUAGUCUCGAUGAACUUUGUUGCAGCACAGGUCAGUCCGCUGCGCAGAUCGAAGACAUCAUCGAACGCGACCCAAAUGUCGUAAUGUUGUGGAAGUGAUGCCG